AUGGAAUUAAACAAAAGAACCCUCUGCAAAUCCCAAGUACCAGCAUAUUUCCAUGUACCCUACAUAGAGACUGGGUACCGAUACUUUCACCAACCAUGGAAAUUCUACCUAUACAGCGUCUUCUGCAACAACGUGGAGACUCUAAACGUCUGGACACAUGUGGUGGGCACGUUACUGAUGACGUCGCGUAUAUACCAGAUAUCCGUGAUCUUUGACCAUUAUGACCCAUACACUUGGCCUCUACUGACGGCCCUUCUGUCCUUUUUUGCAACUUUUUUGGCUAGCAGCAUUGCUCACAUGUUUUCACACAAAUCAAAAGACGUAAAUUGCUGUAUGUUCAUGGUAGACUAUGCGUGUAUCGGUCUCUUUGGAUUUGGUGCCGUUCUGAACCAUCAUCACUACUCGGUAAAUAAGAAUGUUGAUAGCACAACUCAGUGGCGAAUACUACUCACCAGCUCAGUUCUGGCAAUCCUUUGCUGUGUCUGUGGUGCUAUUUCUAAAGCUGUCAUAACUAAUCCAUUAUCUAAACAUCGUAUCAUUCUUCCUGCCGCCGGAGUUGGUCUUUUGUAUCUUUCAUCUAUAACUCCAAUUGUGGACCGUAUUCUGAAUUUCGAGACAACUGGGGGAAUAUACCACCAUGGUUUCCAAAUACUCAACAUGCUCGCCACAGGGUUCUUUUUCUCAGCGAAACUUCCUGAGCGCUUCUUCCCUGGUACAUUUGACUUCAUUGGAAACAGCCACCAAAUUUUUCACUUGCUAAUGAUCCAGGCAUCAGUAAGUCAUGUGGAUGGAGUCAUCUGGGACAUGUUAUUCCAUAAACUCUUCAUCAGGCUACCGCGGGUAACGCCCUCGUUUUGGAGUACAUUCGGCCUCGCUUUCGUUAUAGUGGUAGUUGAUGCCUUUAUCAUACAGCGUUUUUAUUUACAUUUCAAAGGAAAAAGUGCUUGUCAUAACUUCUUUCUUUCUGAAAACAAUAACAAUACAGACCAGAAGUAA